AUGGCAUUGACUAGGGUUUGGUCAACAAGAGCUGCUUUGUCUUUGAGGGUGUCUGUUCCCUGUGGAGGCUUUUCUUCUGCUGUGGAGGGUUUGAAGUUUGCAAAGUCCCAUGAGUGGGCUAAGGUUGAAGAUGAAGGGAAGUUGGCUAGUGUGGGAAUAACAGAACAUGCUCAGGAACAUUUGGGUGAUGUUAUAUAUGUGGAGCUGCCUGAUGUUGGUGUUGCUGUUGCACAAGGCACCAUUGUUGGGAGUGUUGAGAGUGUCAAGGCCUCUUCAGACAUUAGCUCUCCUGUCUCUGGCAACGUAGUUGAAGUGAACAAAGAGCUUCUUAGCUCUCCAGGUUUGGUCAAUGGGAGCCCAUAUGAAAAAGGAUGGAUCAUGAAGGUGGAGAUGAGCAGUAGGGAUGAGCUCAAUAAUCUGAUGGAUCCUGAUGAGUACUCUGAGUAUGUGAAGAAGAAGAUCCCAAACAUUACAAAACAAAAAGACACUUAG